GGAAUGGUGGGUCUAGAGGAAGACAUCUUUUCCAGAUUCAGGAGAGUGUUGGAAAGGAGAGGAAAGAUGUCAUCUUUUCAAGACUGAGGACUGGACACACAGCACUGAACUGGUCUUUAUGAGAUAGCUGAGCAUGAACCGGGGACGUGUGACCAGUGUGGAGUGUUAGAAACAAAUAGGUGCAUCUAAAUACAACAGAGAGCGAGAGAACAGAGAGAGGAAGCAGCAGCUGUGACGCACUGAUGUCACGCGCCCCCUGCAGUGUUCUCUUUACCCACAGUUCUGUGCGCUGGAAAAAUGGCGGACUCCUCGGUCGAAAUCAUCGAAGGCUGCCGGCUUCCCGUGCUGCGAAAAAACCAAGAGAAUGAAGACGAGUGGCCGCUGGCUGAGGUCCUCAGUGUCAGGGACCUCCCGCGGACACCGCUCUAUUAUGUGCACUAUAUUGACUUCAAUAAGCGUCUGGAUGAAUGGGUGACUCCGGACCGUCUGGACAUGAAGAAGCUCCAGUUUCCCAAAAAGGAGGCCAGGACCCCACCGAAGAACGGUCUGCCGGGGUCGGGGCCCGGGUCCCCCGAGAGAGACGUGAGGAAGAGUCUAGAUCUCAGCGUUCAGUCUGCUUCAGCUCCUUCAAGAGGCAAAACCCUCCCCGCACCGAAAAGAAGAGCGGAGUCUGUGUCGUUGGCCACACAAGCGAGCGCAGCGACUCCGGUGCCGUCCCUCCCGAGCUCUGCGGAGGAGAGCCAGGCCCCGGUGUAUCCGGCCCUGAGAGACCCGUCCUUCAGCAGCACACCCCGAGAACAACACCAGCCGCUCGCCGCUCUCACCACUAAUGGCAGCACACGUCGUCUUAUUCCUCCUCAGCCGGGAAGAAAGAGGAAGACUUGUGGAGGGACGGACGAGAUGGUAAAGGUGUUCCAGAAUAACAACCCUCGCUGCUCCAGCAUCUAUUUACCGCCAGGAGAGGAUUCCCAGGACAGCUCCGACGGCAUCCCAUCAGCCCCUCGCAUGACCGGCAGCUUGGUGUCGGACCGCAGCCACGAUGACAUCGUCACACGCAUGAAGAACAUCGACUGCAUCGAGCUGGGCCGGCACCGGCUGAAGCCCUGGUACUUCUCUCCGUACCCGCAGGAGCUCACCGGCCUCCCCAUCCUCUACCUGUGUGAAUACUGCCUCAAGUACCUCAAGAGCCUCAAGUGUCUGCAGAGGCACCUGACAAAAUGCAACCUCCGACACCCGCCGGGAAAUGAGAUCUAUCGUAAAGGAACGAUAUCCUUCUUUGAGAUUGAUGGCAGGAAGAACAAGACAUAUUCCCAAAAUUUGUGUUUAUUGGCCAAAUGCUUCCUGGACCACAAGACCCUGUACUACGACACGGAUCCGUUCCUCUUCUAUGUUAUGACGGAGUAUGACUCGAAGGGUUUCCACAUAGUCGGCUACUUCUCCAAGGAAAAGGAGUCAACAGAAGACUAUAAUGUGGCCUGCAUUUUGACUUUACCGCCUUACCAGAGAAGAGGCUACGGCAAACUCCUGAUUGAGUUUAGUUAUGAGCUCUCGAAGGUGGAAGGGAAGACGGGCACUCCGGAGAAGCCUCUGUCUGAUCUGGGUCUGCUCUCCUACCGCUCGUACUGGACUCAGACCAUUCUGGAGAUCCUCAUGAACCUCAAGCCAGAGAACGGAGAGCGCCCACAGAUCACCAUCAAUGAAAUCAGUGAGAUCACCAGUGUCAAGAAAGAGGAUGUGAUCUCAACUCUCCAGUACCUCAACCUCAUCAAUUAUUAUAAGGGUCAGUAUAUCCUCACCUUAUCAGAGGACAUCGUGGAAGGUCAUGAGCGGGCCAUGCAGAAGCGGCACCUCCGUAUCGACUCCAAAGGUUUGCAUUUCACUCCUAAAGACUGGAGCAAGAGGGGCAAGUGGUGACGAGCGGCCGCUCACAGACAGACUCGACCCGUGGAAGACCACAUCUGCAUGUUACGUGAUUCAGUCUUACAAAAUCCAUAAUUCUGUCAAACUCCUGUCAGUCUGUUACUCGUCUGUAGAAUGGAGGAAUGUCUUUUAAAUGGAAGAAUACUGAUAUACCUCCCAAAUAUCGGUAUUCAUGGUCAAUGCCAUGUUUUAUUACUUGGACCAAAAACGACAGCGUUCUGCACACAGUUAUCAGCACUCUGUCCGUUUUUGGGGCAGAUGUAUAAUUUGGUGUAUAGGUUAUUAUAGAUUGGCACAGUGGCUAAGAGCACACAUUGUUUCUCAUUUAUAUUAUACAUUUGAUGUACAGCAUCUUUGUAAAUAUAAUUUUCCCUCCA